AAAAGAUUAAUUAUUUAUUUUCUUUUUGUUAUUUAAAGGAACCGUAACGCCCUAUCCUUCUUCUGCAUUUUACAUCUUUUUAAAGUUCUUUGAUCUUACCGUUUUUGGAGUUAAAAAUAAGUAAAAAUGGAGUUGGAAGAAAACCAACAACAACAGACUCUGGAGAAGUAUGAUUGUCUCAUUUUUGAUGUAGAUGAUACUCUUUACCCUUUGUGGUCCGGUUUGUCACAUCAUGUUACAGAAAAUAUUAAAGAGUAUAUGAUUGAAAAGCUUGGCAUUGAGAAAAGCAAAGUCUUAGAAUUGUGUGCUUUCUUGUACAAGCAUUAUGGCACUACAUUGGCUGGUCUCAGAGCUGUUGGGCAUAAAAUUGACUAUAAUGACUUCCAUAGUUUUGUUCAUGGAAGAUUACCCUAUGAUGAUAUCUUAAAAACUGACCAUGUUCUUAGAAGCCUUUUGCACAGCUUACCUUUUAGAAAAAUUGUAUUCACCAAUGCAGAUAAGGCUCAUGCCAGCAGGGUCCUGAGUAAACUUGGCUUGGAGGAUUGCUUUGAACAGAUCAUAUGCUUUGACACCUUAAACAACACAAACAAAGGCAUUGAACCUGUAAAUGAAGAUGAAAUCGGAGUUUUCGACAUCAAUGAAUACAGUGCUGCACCAAAUGCUGGAAUAAAACUUCCUAAGUCACCAGUAGUCUGCAAACCAUUUGAAGAAGCCUUUGAACAAGCCUUUAAGAUUGCAGGCAUCAACCCUCAAAAAACAUUGUUCUUUGAUGAUAGCAUCCGCAAUCUACAGACCGGGAAACGACUUGGCCUCACCACCGUUUGGGUAGGCUCUUCUCUUCGAACGGAAGGCGUGGACUGUGCAGUAGAGAGCAUCCACAAUAUCAAUGAAGCAUUGCCAGAGCUAUGGGAGACUAAUGAGAAGUUUGAAGGUGUUAAGUGUGCAGACAAGGUUGCCAUUGAGACUUCAGUUAAAGCAUAGCUUAUAUGUUGUUGACAUACACUUUCAUAAUCCUUCAUUUUAUUAUGUGGAAAUGAACUAAUGAAGUAUGAAUUGUUUUAUUUGAUAUUUUCAUCUUUGUAACAAUUAUGUACUAAUUUUUCACAUCAGCAAUGAAAUAAAUUAAUGAGGAUCUCAA